AUGGAAGUUAUUGUAGACGCACAUCCCGAGGUAGAGCAGUAUAGUAUAGUAGCUAGAGCUGGUAGCACGCAGCGAGCCGCGCGCCGGCCUCGAGGUUUGGGCCCGCGGAGCCCAAGGAGAAGGGGAGGUGAUAUGCCAUUUAGUCCAAACUGCUCCGUAGGCACAGACUUAGUGCUCAACGGUGCAGUACUAGAAGAGUACUCAUACAAAUGUGCGUGCCCCCCUAAGGUAGGCAGUUGCCCACAGUUGAUAAAAGGUGGCGCACGGCAGCCCGGAGUGCAUCGAUCGCGAUUACAUCACCACCCGCGUCCUUUCUCUGCGCGCGCAGCACGCCCCGUGCCCCCCUCCCCGGCCCCCGAGCCUCGUCCCUCUCGCAGCAAACGCCAUGGCUCUCCGCUACGUGCCGCCAUUCGGACUGUGGUCGUCGUCGACAUCGGUCGUGCUCUUGGAACUCUCUAUACCACAGUGGAAGUUUAACUUUAGUUCAACAUUUUCAAACUUAGUUUUUGUUCGUGCAAUGUGAGGCGCGGUAACAUUAACUGGAAAUAGGGACUUGUAGUGAUCGUAAAUCAACUUUAAAGUGAAUAAAAAUAUUUUAUCUCGGUUUUAAAAUUUUGUGAGAUGUCCGCGACCUACUUUUGCAACUUCCGUAUAGUCGAGUUUCAACUUCGCGUUUUUUCUCAAUCGUUUAAAAAGUUACAAGAUUAGAAAAUUCGGUCCGCGUUCGGCAGUGCGCUUUUAUAGAACAAUUACUAAUAGUUUUUCUUUUGCUUUGUCAUGUGACUCGCGUCUCGCAGUAGCAGUUCGCGCACGUGUCGCGUUUACGUUUAAUAUUUUAAUUACAGUUGGUGCUGAACAUUGCUGAAAAUGAAGACUUGAAGACGGAAAAAUAAUAUGCCAGUUGUGUCGGGGGGAGGAAUUGACUCGACUUUUUAAAUACAAGUCAGUCUUUUUCUCUCUCCUAUAUGACUGGCGUACAGUCAUCAGUAUCAUCUACAUGCUGCGCCUGAGUACAUCGUCGCUCGCUCCAAGCUUGGCAAUGUCCGCAGUGACGUCAGGGAUUACGCAAGCUGUUAUUUGAAUCGGCUGCGAAAUCACUGAAUUUUCUGCUUGAGACAAGGCCGUUUUUAGAAGAUCUUUAUGACUUUAACUGUAUUUUUUAUUUUGUACAACAUAUAUCUAUGUCUUUUGCUUUAGGUAUCUAUGUCGUAACAGUUCGGUUUGAGUCAUUGCACCGAAUGACGAAAUCGAAAUAAUCGUCGGCGCGGCACGCUCGUGGCGGGAAUUGGGCAAUCUGCGAGCGAACGGAUGUCUUGCCCCGCAGGGCGCACUCCGCACCGGCCCCGCUGCCUAAAAUUUAAACUUGCUCGAAGACGCAACUUAACGGUCUCUGAUAAAUUUUAAACAUGUUAAAUUUUCCUUUUUGUUACAGUAACUGCAUCACUGCGAGGCGUCCGCGACGUCGAGCGGUGGCCUCUAUUUCUAUAACCUACUCGCCAAUUGCGAUUGAUGUUUAGCUAUUUGUCACUAUGCUCUCUAUGUACUAUGCAUUGCGAUUUAAUAAACUGUUUAUAUUGAACAUUUACUUGUUUUUACUGUUACUUACUUUGUUGAAAUUAUUCUUUUUGACCCCAUACACUGAACAUGGUAUAGAAAAUAAUUUAAUAAAUAG